CACUUGGAAGUUGGUACACUGACUUGCUAACAAUAUUGUCGUUCAAUUAAAACUAACCUCAAAAAUUCCAAUUUUACCGAAAAUAUUCUAUAUUUUGUAAUUUAUUGUUUAUAUUUAUGUUCAGUCUGUAUUAAAAUAAAUAAUAUUCCUUUAUUUUUAACUAAGCUAUCAUGACAUCGGUUGCAACUCUCAGUAAAAACGAUCCAAGUUCUUUUUCUAACCCUGAGGAAGCAGUUGUAACUGCCCUGUUCUUAAACUUGCUGGUAGAUUUUUCAAAAAAGAUACUAUCAGGUGAAGCCAAACUUAGUGUGAAGAAAGUUCAAGCUGGAGUCGACCACUUGGCUUUGGACAGCAACGGUUUACAUGUGAAGAGAAUCAUCGAUGGAGCGACAGGCCAAGCUCUGGACUUCACUAUAAGUGAACCAAUAAACAUUUUUGGCAGCAAAUUGGAUAUAAAACUUCCCAGCGAUAAAUCAGAGCUAGAGAUAGUGAUUCAAUAUGAGACAGAUCCUACAGCGUUUGCGCUACAGUGGUUAUCAGCUGAACAGACAGCAGGUCGUAAACAUCCCUACCUCUUCAGCCAGUGUCAGCCGAUCCAUGCCAGAUCUAUCGUGCCUUGUCAAGACAGUCCGUCUGUCAAGAUGACUUACAAAGCUCAAAUCUCAGCACCAGAGGAGCUGACUGUUCUGAUGAGUGCACUAAGUGAAGGAGUGAGUGCAUCGAGUGGUGGCCAGCGAACACAUAACUUCAACCAACCUGUACCGACACCAGCAUACCUGCUGGCACUGGUAGUGGGAGAACCUGGCUAGUCGGCAGAUUGGUCCCCGUUCACAUGUUUGGUCC